AUGGAAAUAGAGAUGGAAGCAAGACCUCCUGAGGCUGAUUCUCCUCGCCCUGCCCUCACCGGUUCGCAUCCUGCUGCUGACGAUACUGUUGCAGAUCCUGAAGCUGGAGAAGAGGCAAUGAGUGAGAACGUGGAUGUAGGUGCUGGUAUUGGGGGCCAUGCGGGGAUGGAUGUGUCUGGAGAAGUGGGAGGGGUGGAUGGAGAGGAGAGUGCUCAGUGUGCGUUCCCAGGAGACUCUUCCUCCUCUGCUUCUCAGCACAGUCACAACGGCCUUGAUAACACACAGCAGGAUCCCCUAUCGUCAGCAACAGAAGCAACAGGAUCGCUGGGUCCAUCUGGGGCAUCAAAUGGUGUUGAGGCCAUCCAGGGCCCGUGCUUUGAGAACCAGCUGGCGCUCGUGCGCUCCAACUUCCUCUCCAUCACGCAGCGCAUGCUCGCCUCGCUCAACUACCGCGAGCAGGACGAGCGCACGCCACCCGUGCGCUACUCGCCCGAUGUCAUAGCGGGUAUUCUGAGCUACACUGCAUUGGGGUCCCGACCUGCAGGCGGAGCCGGAUGUCCCAUGCUAAGCGCGAACGACCUGCGGUGCUGGCUGCGCAACGGGGUGUUCUCAGUGUACCUCUCUCUUCUCGAGGAGAUCGGCACCAACAGCGAGAUCCCCAGCAAGAUGGCUGCCGUCAUCGACUUCACCUCCCUGCUGCACCGCUGCCGCCAGCUGCAGCAGCUGCUCAGGGAGUACAAGCUGGGCUGUCCCGACGCAGGCAGGGAUUUCGAGUCGUCGCAGAGCCUGAUUGCCUUCCUAAGGCAGAUGCUGCGAGAGUAUCUGGUCGCUCGUGGGGAUCGAAUUGGGGAUGGCGACCCAGCAGCAGUGGCUGCAGCGGCGGCGGCGGGGGUGAGGGUGGGAGGGGCAGAGGAGGCAGGUGAAGGUUCUGGGUCUUUCUUGCGGUUCUUGGCAGCGAGAUUUCGUGGUGGUGGGCCGUUUGCCACGUGCGCCUAUUCCGUGCUAAAAUGCGACAAGCCGCAGAGAAUCGGAACUCUGUGCUUUGAACACACCCUAUCCGUGGGAGACCAAGACCUAGAAGUUUUCUUCAACCAGCGCUCGUGUGCAAUCGAGGUCGCUGCCCUACAGGAGCUGUAUGACGUUCCAAGAGAGAACCCUAUCCAGAAAGUACAGCAGUUCAUGGCAGCGGCGCGGCUGCUGGUAUACAAGGUGCAGCACUACGAACGCAUGCGCCUGCGAUACGCCUGGUCCGGCUGGUUACAGGCCCGCAUGACCCACCUCAAGCGCGCCCCCUUCUACCUCUCCAUCGUUAUAGUCACCAUCCUCGUCUUUAGCAACACCCAGCUCAGCACCGCUCCUGCUGGGCUGCUGCAGGUGGCAGCAGGGGCGCUCACGCUCGUUGCGUUUGUGCUCAUAGAGUCGCCUCUCCUCGUGCUGCAUGAGCGACGGGCCAAGGAACAGGCAAUCUCUGGGGCGCUCUCCUCUCUAGUUUCUGCACCGUUUUCCUGCUGCAAGCCUCACUCAUUCGUCUUGUCCCAUUUCCCCCCUCCUCCUUUCCACCUUCCCUCCCUUCCAUCUCCCUUUCCCGACCACCUUCCCGUUCGGUACCCCUUCUCACCAGCUGAGCGGGGUCACACAGACGCCUUGGGGCAAGGGGAAGGGGAAGGGGAGGAGGGGGCGGGGGGGGCUGAGAUGUGGGAGGAGCUAGAGGGGGUGCCCAAGCGCCUGCUGCUGCAGAACCGGGACUUUUGGUACAUCAUUGCCAUGCUCGUUGCCAGGUGGGUGGGUGCAGCGAUGCUCGUCACCAGCAUCCUGGGCAUGGUCUCGUCGCCCUUCUUCUUUGUCUUCCAUCUCCUCGACUUCCUCAUCUACCACCCCUCGGGAGCCAUCGUGCUGCAGUCCGCCUACGUCGGCGGCCCUCUGCUCAUCCUACCUUUCCACCGCUCUCCCCAUCGCCACAACCCCUUUUCCUCCGGUUUCCCCCAUACCCUCUGCUCCACGUCCCCACACCUCCCUUUUCCCCAUUCCCCCCAUUAUUCUCCCCCCUGUCCCACCUGCGCCUCCCCACCAUCCCUCCCCCCACCCCUCUUUCCUCCCCUUUACAGCAUCCUGGGCAUGGUCUCAUCGCCCUUCUUCUUUGUCUUCCAUCUCCUCGACUUCCUCAUCUACCACCCCUCGGGAGCCAUCGUGCUGCAGUCCGCCUACGUCGGCGGCCCUCUGCUCAUCCGAACCGGCCUAGUGGGAAUCCUCGUCAUAUUCAUGUACGCGGUCGUCUCCUUCUUGGCCUUCGGAGGCGACGACGAUUUCGCCUGCACGACUCUGUACGGGUGUAUCGGCGCCCACCUUGUGAACGCGCUUUCCAGCUCCUCGAUCGGAGGGCUUUGGAAGGAGUGGGAUGCGGUGCCGGACUCGAUGUUCGAGGAGGUGCGGGGGCAGCUGCGGACGGCGUUUAUUGUGUCGUUUCUGAUCAUAUGGGUCUUCCUGCUGCAGAAUAUCUUCACGGGGCAGAUUGUCGACGCGUUCACGUCCAUUCGUGACGAGAAGGCGGCCAAGGAGAAGGAUCUAGACGACAAGUGCUUCGUGUGCAGCAUAGAUCGCUUUGCCUUCGAGCAACGUCUGGGUGGAUUUGUGGACCACGUGAAGCACGAGCACAACGCGCUGCACUACCUCUUCUACAUGGACUACCUGCUCAAGCGCAACCCUACGGAAUACACCGGCCUCGAGUCCUUCGUGCGAGGCCGCCUCGACGCGCGCAACGACGACUGGAUCCCGAUUGGCCGCGCCAUGCACAUCGACCGGCUGAAGCAGUUCCGGGCGAAGCAGCGCGGUGCGAGCGAGGGCAUGGACCGGGUCCGGCAUGUGUUGGAUCGGAUGGAUGCGAGGAUGACGGCGCUUGAAGCCGGGAUGGAAACCAUGAGGAUUGAGAUCAACCGGUCGUCGUCUCGGUCGUCUCGGUCGGGGUCUGGUGUUGGGCUUGCGAGUGCUAGUGUCGGCGGCGGCGGCGGCGGGGGAGGCGGAGGCGGAGGAGGGAGGCGGUCGCAGGGGAUUCUGGCGCGGUCGUUGACAGGGGGAGGGAGCGGUCGGAGGAGCAGCAGCAACAAUAGCAGCGGAGGGGCGGGGGCUAGUCGGUCGUCGAGCUUUGGGAGGACUGGGAGGGGGAUGAUGAUGGGUUCCAUGUCUCUCAAUCCGAACUCACAGCUGCAUCAUGAAGAGGAGGACGAGGUGACUGGUGGAGGUGAUAUGAUGUUUGAGCUACGGAGUACCCACUCUGACAUCCCAAUCUCUCGGGCGUCAACAUUGCCUGGCAUGUACGGUGGCUGGGCAUCACCCUCAGUGGGCUAG